GGGCUGCUUUCCACAGUGUUAAGUUUUUUGCACGCACGUACGUACACGCAUGUAAAAGUUUAAAAUCAUUUAAAUGAUACUCAUAGAUGCAUAGAUUUGGAUUCUGUUGAAGAUAUGGUGUGUUUUUUCUGGCAUAAAAUGAAUUAUAUAUUAUAACAUAGAAGGUUUGCGUGCAAAAAACCCGACAGUAAAAGCCGCCCUUCAAGCAACCCUCCGCGUCAAUGUUAGCUAUGUCUGUCAUCCUUAUUAUACAGUUGUCGAAUGUAAUAAAGCCAACAAUCAAUAUGACUGUGACGACAAUGGUUGUAUACCUUUCAGAAUUAAGCGAGUUCAGUUGUCAAAUUUUAACAUCUAUUCUUCAUUCAUUUAUAGUCCUGGUAGCUAUGUAUAGUUUCUUUUCAGUUUCAUUUGUUGCUGCUGUGUAACGAGAAUGGCCUUAAAAAACUCUAAGAUCACAACAGUAUUGAAUAACUUUCUCUCCCACUGGUUAAUUGGACGUAAAACAGAAGCUAAAACAAUGACUUAAAAUAUGACAGAGUGGGAAUUACCAUAUUUUCACACCCCGUCGUUCAAGCUAUUUUAUUAUAUUUUGUUGCAUAUUUCAGUUGGUGAGAAUAGUUUGCGAUGGAUGUUAAACCUGAGGUUAAUAUUACAUUUGAAGAACAGCCAGCAGUGUUUUUUGUUGGCAAAGAAGCCAUCAAUGGCGAUGUUAGCAUAUCUGUGACAAAAUUAAUGAAAACACAAAUGAUUAAGGUUGAAUUUAAAGGUAUUUGCCAAGUUGGUUGGACGAAGCGAGGCGUGUCGGAUAAAAAACACAAGAGCGUUGAACAUUUUAAAAUUGAAGAUAAACUUCUUACACCUAGAUCAGAGUACAAUGAUCUAUUCCUUCGUUCUGGAACACAUCGUUUUCCUUUUUCCUUUAAACUUCCACAAGCUAUGCCACCGACAUUCACCGCAAAAGAUGCUAAGAUUGAAUACUUUGCGAGAGUUGUUGUUCAUUACAGAGAUGAUGGUUCAAUGGUUUCCAGUGAGAUCUGCGCUGAAGCUCCUCUAGUUAUGAAGAAGAGCAUCGCUAACUUUCCUGAAAAGUUUUUAAAAAGUGCCAAACUGAAGCAACAACUUACUCUUCCCAAAAUGUUUUCCCGGUCAACCAGAGUUGAAGUCGAAGCCAUGAUUCCUAAACGAGUCUACCACCGAGGAGAAAUCAUUCGCUUAACCUGUGAUUACAAGAUCUUGAAUGGCUCUGUAAACGGUGUUACUGGUAUUAGCGCUGUUCUCAUGCAAGGCCUUACUGUUGUCAAGGCAAAUGGUCACGAGAAGACGAAGACACGCGAAAUACUUCGUGCACCGCCGUUUCAAGGUCAUAACGAGGAGACAACGAAAUGGAGCGAUACUUACAUGAAUAUACCAGCAGAUAUCUCGCUAACAGUUCAAGGUUGUGGUGAUGUUACUAUUUUUUACUUCAUUCAAGUUCGUGCAAAGAAUUCAAAAGAGAGAAUCGAUAUUCCUGUUGUGAUUAUAGAUCGUGAUGAAAGUAAGGUUAUUAAUCCAGGUAGUAAACGUCGUGAAAGAAGACUGUCUUUGACGGGCACAACCUCAGGCUCAGCUAUUCCUAAUGUCUUUCAAACGUUUAAUGCACUAUCUAGACAAGAUCCGACGAGAGCUUCGAGGAAUUCUAUUGACUCGUUUUAUAGAGACUAAAACAUUCAUUUCGCUAUACAAAAUCAAGGAACAUUCUAGUCAAAUGCACAAAUAAUGAGUUGAAAUUAAAAUAAUUAAUAAUAUUUAUAUUCAAAAUAUAGGUCAAUUAAUAUAAAAAAUGUGAACUGUCAUAGUCCAAGUUAAAAAGUAUAAAAGCAAAUUAGUUGUUUGCGAUCUUUGGCCAAAUCUUUGGUGUUAUAUAUAAAGUAAGAGAGUUUUAAUUCUUCAAUGAAGUGCAUGGAUAUGACGUAACAAGUUUUAAAACCGCUGCAAGAUCACAGAAAAUACCUAACUUGGAAAUUCUCACCAGUUGGAAUAUUUACCAUUUAUAAGUAUACGUGUUCUUAAAAGUAUAUAUUGGUACUUCACAUAUAUAUUUUUACGUUACACUAAAUUUUAGGUAUUCAACAAUAAUGUAUUUACAAACAUGAAUAGUAUUUCAAAUAUACCAAAAAACCGGCACUUGUUUUGAGGAAUUGAUGUUCGUCUGUUUUCAAAGGGUUUAUACGGUGCAGCAAGUUAACCGGAGCCUAGCAUCUUCCAUGAAAAGGAAGCAUCAUACUAAAGCUUUGGAUUCAGCAUGAGAUGGGUUGUAAUGUACGACCAGGUAUUUGGGAGCCGAUUGUUAUUAAAACUGAAUUUAAGAGCCGAACAUCAUUGUGGCACUCUAAGCUUAUUUCUACAUCAGAUGGGUUAUAUAUAUUGCUAUAGCAACCACUUUUAGGCCGUUCCA